CACCUGCGGAACCUUCUCAAGAGGAACAGCCACUGUUGUGUGAAGGUUCAAAUUCAGCUGUUAGCAUGGAACUGUCAGAAGCUGUUGUAGAGAAUGGAGAAACAGACAUGUCUCCGGAAGAAUCAUGGGAACACAAAGAAGAGCUAAGUGAAGGGGAGCCAGGGCGUGGUUCCUCGGGUGAUGGACGGCCGCCAGAGGAGAAUGCCCAAGAAACGAUGGAGGAAGAGGAGGAAAUACCCAAACCGAAGUCUGUGGUGGCACCUCCUGGCGCUCCUAAAAAAGAGCAUGUUAAUGUUGUGUUCAUCGGGCAUGUCGAUGCUGGCAAGUCAACCAUUGGAGGACAAAUAAUGUAUUUAACAGGAAUGGUUGACAAAAGGACACUUGAGAAAUAUGAACGAGAAGCUAAAGAGAAAAACAGAGAAACUUGGUACUUAUCUUGGGCCUUAGACACAAACCAGGAAGAACGAGACAAGGGUAAAACUGUUGAAGUGGGUCGUGCCUAUUUUGAAACCGAAAAGAAGCAUUUCACAAUUCUAGAUGCCCCUGGUCACAAGAGUUUUGUUCCAAAUAUGAUUGGUGGUGCUUCUCAAGCCGACUUGGCAGUGCUGGUAAUCUCUGCCAGGAAAGGAGAAUUUGAAACUGGAUUUGAAAAGGGGGGACAGACAAGAGAACAUGCAAUGUUGGCAAAGACCGCCGGUGUGAAACACUUAAUUGUACUCAUCAAUAAGAUGGAUGACCCAACAGUAAAUUGGAGCAAUGAGAGAUAUGAGGAAUGUAAAGAGAAACUAGUGCCAUUUCUGAAGAAAGUUGGCUUCAAUCCCAAAAAGGACAUUCACUUUAUGCCCUGCUCUGGGCUGACAGGAGCAAAUCUCAAGGAGUUGACUUUCUUUCAUUGCUGUUAUGUUUUUAGUGGGUUACCAUUUAUUCCAUAUCUGGAUAAUUUGCCAAACUUCAAUAGAUCAGUUGAUGGACCAAUCAGGCUGCCAAUUGUGGAUAAGUACAAGGAUAUGGGUACUGUGGUCCUGGGAAAGCUGGAAUCGGGAUCAAUUUGCAAAGGCCAGCAGCUUGUGAUGAUGCCAAACAAGCACAAUGUGGAAGUUCUUGGAAUCCUUUCUGAUGAUGUAGAAACAGACUCGGUAGCCCCAGGUGAAAACCUCAAAAUCAGGCUGAAAGGGAUUGAAGAAGAAGAGAUUCUUCCAGGGUUCAUACUUUGUGAUCCUAAUAAUCUCUGUCAUUCUGGACGGACAUUUGAUGCGCAGAUAGUGAUUAUUGAGCACAAAUCCAUCAUCUGCCCUGGUUAUAAUGCGGUGCUGCAUAUUCAUACCUGUAUUGAGGAAGUCGAAAUAACAGCCUUAAUCUGCUUGGUAGACAAAAAAUCUGGAGAAAAAAGUAAGACUCGGCCCCGUUUCGUGAAACAAGAUCAAGUAUGCAUCGCUCGCUUAAGAACAGCAGGAACCAUCUGCCUGGAGACCUUCAAAGACUUCCCUCAGAUGGGUCGCUUCACCUUAAGAGACGAGGGUAAGACCAUUGCAAUUGGAAAAGUUCUGAAACUGGUUCCAGAGAAAGACUAAGCAUUUUCUUGAUGACCCUGCACAAUACUGUGAGGAAAAUUGACUGCAAAAGCCUACUUCACACCGCCUUCUCUUAAUUUCUGCCCAUAGACAAAUUUCUCCCCCAUUUUACAGAGAAAAUUCACAGCAAAAGUCCACAUGAUGCCAGCAUUCUCAUAUUGAGAGCUCUGCUAUGCCACUGGUGAAUUUCCCCCCGAUUUUGUUCUUCCCUCUCAAACUUGGCUUCCUUGGACAGAUUUGGCAGUAGCAUUGUAAGUGAUGUGGACACAAUUGCCUACAAUAAUGAAACCGACAGGAUUUUUUUUAAAGGCAUAUUUAGGCAUUUUUCCCCAGGCAGAUCAUUCUGAGUGUGCGAGUGUGUGUGCACAUGUUACAAAAACAACUACCAUGUUAAUAAAAUAUUCAAUUUGAAACCCUUUUCGGUAUUUGAAUUGCUUUUGAAUAAUGUUUUUUAUCUGAAUGUAACAUUGUUGCAUUAGCUUUUUAACUUUGCCAAGUAAUUGAAUACAUUUUAUUACUUGGACUUUUCUAAAAUCUUCCCCUACUCACUACUUUCAAUAAGGCAUUUACAAAUGAUGUUCAAGUUUGUAUUAAAGGAAAGAAUCUGACCCCUUCUUUUGAUGGUUAAUGAUACAUACGAUUAAAUGCAACUGCGAUACCGCUUGAUUAGGUCUAUCCGUUAUUUUCAGCCAAUUCAGUAAGUUGUUUUAAAAUAGAACAACAACAUACUGUCAUGUUUAUAUGUAGUCAAUAUGAAAUUAUUCCCCUAUAGGAAAUUCCAUGAACUCAUUGAAUCAGUGGGAUUUAAAAUAAAGAAAGCAUGUUGAGACCUGGCAAAAAUGCCUCCUUUAGUAUUUAUAAGAGCUGCAUGCAUCUCGUGUGAAAACCCGAUCAGUUGCAAGUGCCAGAUGUUCUACAAGUUAUUCAGUUCACUCUUAAUUUUAAAGUUGGACAUAAAGUUGCUGGUUAUAGCCAACCUCAAUCCAGCAAACUAAAUGAACAUAUAUUUAGGAUUUUCACAGACUGAAAUUUACAAUGAUAUAUAAACUCAAGCACAGUGGAGUAGGUUUUCUCAAUUAUUUGAAUUGAGUUUUCUUAAAUACAGAGCUAAGGUUUGUUAGGCUAUAAUUUAGGCGAGUCGUCCUGUGGCACUCUGGUGGCAGAUUAAGUGCUAACCUGCUCAUUCGUGGCUUUGAAAUUCUAAAAGAGAAGAAAUGGGAAUUGGAAGAGAGGGUUUCUGGAAAUCGCAUGAUGUCAGGUGUUGCAGGCACUGCCGAUUUGGCCUCUUGUACAUUGGGAUUUACCUCAAAGAUAAGACACCUUGUAAUUGUAUAUUUAAUGUCAAAUUCCUUUCCUAGAAUCUUCCUCCUUGGAAAAGAAAAGCCUAAUCAGACUGUAUUUCUAGUCACAAAGCCAAAAACUUAAAUCUAUGUGUUUUAACCAUAGAAUUUCCAUUCAUUUCAUGAGUGAGCUAAAUUUUUUGGACAGAGCCAAGUUAUUAUCCCACAGUAUAUCUAAGUAUACUUAGGCUAUUGCAUGAGAUUUAAAUAAAUUUUACAUCUGCAAGUUUCUGGGCUUUUAUUUUUCUGGGAAAUAUCAGCUUUAAUUAGAGCAUACUACUUUUUUCUUACAAGUUAAUAACAAAAUACUAACAGUUGCUUGGAUUUUAACAAAAACUUAAAAAGUUGAAGAGUCACUGAAAUGAUUUCCAAAGAUUUAAUUUUAAAAUUGAACACAUUUUUAAAGACUAGUUAUGUUUGUUACCCAGUCAUUUACAGUUUUAGAAUAUUCCGUGUGUUGCCAAGACUAAGAUGACAUGGCUAACAACUGUGGGGGACCUACCUCUAAAAGUAUCAUAAUGAAAAAUUACGAGAUAAGAAAAUCAUUGUUGCAGGUUCAAGCAAAUAGUAAUUGAGUUAUUUAAGAGAAAUGUUCAUGUCCAAUUAACCAACACCAUACAUUUUAAUAGGCUUUGAGGAGUAAUCGCAUUGAAAAGUUAAAAGCAAUUUAAAACCUCCUUUAGUUGCAGUGGCUGGUAUUCGGAUGAGGAAAUAAAACGGCUGGAGAGUCCUGUCAGUGGAUGAAGCUUUUGGACCUUUAAAGAGCAAUACCGUUUUCUAUGCUGCCUGUCAUUCCUUCUGCUAGUGCAGAUGUGUCUGUAUGGAAAACCACGUAAAAUAUGUAAAAUCGGUUACGUUUCAGUUAAUGCAGACAUCAACAUUGUUCUCUAUUACAGAUGUGUAAGAAUUGAUUUUCUUUGUGCUUUUUACAUUGAUGAUCUUUUUAUGUCAUUUCCAGGGUACAAAAUCUUUUUUCUCUUUUAAAUAAUGAACUGAAUUCAAGUGACAAUGUCUUUGACAUACACAACCAAGUUACUAUUAUAAGCCCUAAUUACUGCAGGGCAGGAGUAAAAUCUCGGAUCAAAGAGUUUUUAAUUUGCAAAAGGAUUUAGCCAGCAAAAACCUGUAAAUUUCAGGUGGAAGAUUUGAGUGUAUUGCCAUGAAAUUAAAUGAAAUAGUAAAGUGGUCUUGAAUAAGUUAGGCCAUGUAAAUAUAUUUUGAAUUGAACGUCUUGAACUGUGUGAUAACUAAAUGUAAAAGCCUUGUAGAUCUGUCUAUAAAAGAACACAGGUUGUUCACUAUAUAACAUAAGCUCAUUCAUACCUUAAGUUACAAGAACUGCUUUUACACUGGGACUUUGAAUGAGAGGAAAUGAACAAUCACUGGCACAGCUUUGGAUGGAGCGCUACAAAUCUUUUGGGUCACAAAUGAAAUUCAGUGCGGUUUUUCAAGGCAGAGGCAAACCCACGGUCAAAACCUGCCCGUGUGGUGAACUGAAAAUAACUAAACUCCCAUGGUGACCUUCAGAACACUAAUUAACGUGAGUAGUUACUCCAGGAUCUUUAACGACUACUACACAUUCAACAACUUCCCUCGUCGGCUUGGACUGCAUCAGGAGCACUGCUUCAUGGAUGAAAUGGCUUUGCUUUGGGUAGGGAUUAAGCUAGUCGAGGGACAAGUACAGUUUGAUUACAGCUCGUGGCAUCCGGCAACUUUCCACCUUAAAGCCCUUCCUGAAAAUUCUGGCUACAGCACUAUAGCUCUGACUGUAGGAUGGGCUACUGUUCUGUUCAGUGUUGCCCUCUUAGAACAAACUGUGCCAUUAAUCCUCUCACAGACAUUGUAAAGUAGAUAGCAAUCAACUGGAUUUGGGGAAUAAUCUCCAAAUAAUGCAACUUUCUUUCCUUCAGCUAACUGAUCCUAGCAGAUACCAUCAAAUAUAUUGAUGAGCGUGUUUCAUUCUUCAGAGGAUCUUGCCGAUGGCAGAAACUUGUUAAAUAAGCAUAAUUACAUAAGCACAUCUCAAAAGACCCUUUCCAUUUAGCAGUCCGUGGGAUGUAACUGAUUUCACAGUAAAUAGAAUAGGAAAUGUGCAUUCCAUUUGAACCUAUUACUGCCAGUAUUCAGGGUAGAUUUGGCUCAACUUUCUGAAUGAUUUUGGCUCUAGGAUAUUCUAGACUUUCCAUAUCCUAGAAUAUUGAGUCUUCCCUUCAGUAAGUAGACUUUUCACAUACCUCUAAUCCGAUGCUUCCCUGACAGUAAUAAUGCUGAGUUGUUUAUUAAAAAAUUCUAAGGACCUACAUGUGGGAGUGAAGAGUAGAACCUUUGUUUUCCAGUGUAAGGAAAAAACAGGUACUAUGAGCAGAAAACUCCAGGCAGCAAAGGUGGAAUGUAAUGUUCUACUUCUGCCAGGCACAUUAACUAGUGCUUCUAGCAUCAGCCGAGUCCUUGCUACCUCCUUUCCUGCUACUGGUGGAAGUAUGUGUGCUCCUCAGGGGCUUUUGGCAUUUUCUGCAUACUACAGGAGCCAGCUCUGAGCCUGGAAGGUCUACAUGAAAGGACGCCUGUUUGGACUCCUAACUUACCAGUCCCUUCCCAUCAGUUUGCUUCUACAGGGGACGGGGCUAUCUUUCAGGCCUGGACCUGGUGAGUCAUUUACAUCAGGCAGCAAGAUAAAAACUGGAUCUUCCCCCCUUUAGGGAAGAUUAAAGGGAACUGAUGGGGAGAGUUUAUUUUAGCCUAAUUCCAAAGCAUGGAAAAAAUGCUCUAGGAAGGAAUUCUGGGAAUCUGGAGCUAAAGAACCCCUUUUCUUAUGAUUUGUAGCUACCUACUGUGCCUGACUAGAUGCCUGUGUGAGGAUUAAGCCCUUAGUUACUCUUGCAAUUAUUCAAAUGACAAAUUAUCAUUCAAAAUGCUUUUGUAAUAACAAUAAAAAUUGUCAUCUUCACUUUUGAA